CAAGUUGUCAAAAUAGUUGGCGAAUACUCACUGGCUCCAUGUCGGUCAGACCUUUGCCAGGUUGCGAUCUGGCUGCCAGGUUGUGUCAUGUGCGAACACAGCAAAGCUGUAACGUGGGGUUUAUUUCUACAGCUUCUGCUCCCCGACUGUCUACAGCUGAGAUUGUUCAGAUGCGCAAUGAACUCUUUACUAAGGAGAAAACGAGGCAGUUGUCUCUGCAUCCACGAAUUGAGAAGAUUGAAGUAAAAUAUGUUAGCAAAUCUCACCCUGGCACUGUGUUUGUUAUGAACAAAGCUUUGUCUACUCCAUACAAUUGUGCCAUGCACUUAAGUGAAUGGCAUUGUAAGAAAUCAGUAUUGGCACUUGUGGAUGGAGAGCUAUGGGACAUGUACAGGCCUUUGACCAAAUCGUGUGAAAUUCAGUUUCUUACUUUCAAAGAUGAAAAUCCUGAGGAAGCGAACAAAGCCUAUUGGCGUUCCUGUUCCAUGAUUCUGGCAUGUGUGUUAAAGCAGGCAUUCAAAGAUGAAUACUCUGUCAGUCUAAUCAGAGCUCCGGAAGUGCCAGUGAUCUCAGGAGCUUUCUGUUAUGAUGUUGUUUUGGACAGCAGGCUUGAUGACUGGAAACCAACACCAGACAACUUCCGUUCUCUUACAAAAGAAGCAUAUAGUCUAAUUCUCAAAGAUCUGCCAUUUGAAACAUUGCAUGUUGAAGCAAAAGUGGCAUUAGAAAUGUUUCAGCAUAACAGGUACAAAAUGGAUUCAAUAGAACAGAAAGCAUCACAAAAUCUUGAAAGAAUAGUGAAGUUACAUAGGUUUGGUGACUUUGUAGACAUUAGUGAAGGCCCUCACAUUCCAAGGACAAGUUUUUGCUUCCAGUAUGAAGUGACAGCUGCCCAUAAUCUCCAAACCAGUCAGCCUGCAUCUGUACGAAGGUUCCAAGGUGUGUCUCUGCCAGUUCACUUAAAGGCUCAUCACACAGUAUGGCGCAGACUGCUGGAAAGGUCUCAGAGACUGGUCACUGAAGACUGCAGCCCGAAAGCAAAAGAUGUAAUUCUGGAAGCAAAAAUGGCAUCAAAGUAAUUAUUAAUUUCAUGUGUAAAUUAACAAAAUAAAAAUAUUUUGGACA